AUGGUUAACGAAAUCGUGAACAGUUUGUCAAACAUACAGGAGAUUUUAAAUGACAAACAAUUGCAUUCAGUUAUAGAUCUUUCAUUAAAUGGACAGACUGAUUGGAAACUGACAGGUGCAGAUGUACGACCGGCGUGUGAAGGACUCGCUGGGUUUCUUGGAGACCAUCUCAGGGCUUCUUUGCAGGUGAUGGUGAACGGGUCCAUAGAGAAGAUACACCUGUUCAUAAAACGUGUACCGCCUGGGAACAAACCGAAAGCGGAUUUUAUUGAAGCCAAUCAUUAUUUCAGACGGGAGCAACUGAUGUUUCAAUUAAUUGAUGAGAUGAACGCUGGUAACGAACCAAAUUCCUGGUGUGCAAAAGCAUUAUUAUACAACAAAUUAAUACUCGUAAUGCCAGACUUGGGUGUGCAGGGAUACACCACUCGUCCCACAUUGCAAACUUUUGAUUUGCCACACGUACUGGUCACCACCACGACCAUCGCUCGUUACCAUGCCGACUUACUCAACUAUCAGACCAAGAAACGCAUCAAUGGCAACAAAACAUGGUCGUUUCUCACAGAAUACGAACAUGAACUAUUGGAACCGACUUUUAAAGACUCUCCGUGGAUUCGUUGCGCUGCUAAACUAACGUCAAACUUCCUGAGAGUGUUUUCAAAAAAAUAUAAUAACUUAGCAAAUAUGGAGUCGAGGCUAACGGAGCUGUUUAUCAAAGCUUGUAAUAGCUUUAAAGAAUAUAAUAACACCUUGAAUGUGUUGAAUCAUAAGGAUUUGUGGGCGAAUAACAUCAUGUUUCGAUACGAGAAUAGUAUUCCUUGCAAUGCAUUGCUCAUAGAUUUCCAAUGCUUACGGUAUGGCCCACCGGCUUUUGACGUCACUCUGUUAUUAUACUGCACUACUUCUAGAACCUUCCGGAAGCGAUACGAAAGUAAUAUCUUCCAUCAUUACUACACAGUCUUCUCGGAGCGUCUUGAAGACUGUGCCAGAGAGGAAGUGACGCGUUUGGGAUACGACGAGAAGGAUUUUUUGAAUUGGUGCGAGAAAAGUCGCAUGUUUGGACUAGUGUUCGCGGUUACUGUGUUCCCGUAUGUGUUAAUGGAGCCGAGAACAGCUCAGAGGACGUUCGAUGACCCGGAGACAUAUGACAGGUACUUGGGAGAAGACCGGACGGAGCCCGUCAUGUCGCACUGCCAUGAGUCCGCAGAAUACAUGUCGAGACAACUGGAAGUGUGCGAAGAGUUCGUUGAGAGAUACGUCUUGAAUAAGUAUUGUAAAUAA